GCAUUAAAAAUGAGAAAAAUGAACUUAAUAGUGGCUAUGGAUGCCGAAGGAGGAAUUGGCAAAAAUGGCGUGUUGCCAUGGCGAAUCAAGAAAGACAUGCAGUAUUUCGCGUCUGUUACCAAAAAUGUUUCUGAUCAGUCGAAGAGAAAUGCAGUUCUCAUGGGACGAAAAUGCUGGGAAAGCAUUCCAGUAACUCGCCGCCCGUUGGCAGGACGGCUAAACAUUGUUUUGAGCCGACAACUUCCUGCGCAAAAGUCCGAUGACUACAUUGUUGUAAACUCGCUCGAAGCGGCUAUGAAACUACUUUCGGAGCCACCAUUUGUGGAUUCGAUCGAAACAAUCUGGAAUAUCGGUGGAGCUGAAAUCUAUGAUCUUGCGUUGCGAGAAAACUUGGUUGAUGAAAUUCACUUGACACGUAUUUUCAAAAACUUCGAAGCCGAUGUUCAUCUCAAGUCACUCGAUUUCAGUAAAAUGGAGAAAGUUCAAAAUGCCGAGGUGUCAUCGGAAAAUUCAGAAAUUUUCGAAGAAAAUGGAUUAAAGUUCGAAUUUUGCAAAUGGAAGGUUGUCGAGAACCACUGAAUUUUUUUUUGAAAUUGCUGUUUAUUUUUUUAAUUUAUAUGUAUUCAUUCACCUGUUGUUUACUCGGGCAGCCCACAAUUUUCACGUGUAAAUAUAAAAUCUGUACAUGAUUCUU